GGGUUUUAUCUGCAGCUUGCCUUGCAAAUUACCCACCAAACAACAAUGAGAUUUACACUUACUUCUUCACCAAUCCGUCUAUUUCUUCUCCGCUCUUUCAAGUAUCCUAGGCCUCUAUGCUCCCAAUCAGCUUGUCUCAACGAAUCGAUUUCAUCAGAAUACCCAUUUUCGGAGAAUCCUGAAAGAAACUUGGAAUUUUCCGAGAAAAUCACCUCAGACUUCUAUUCGCUCCGAAACCCAACUUUCUCAGAAUCCGAACACACUCGUUACACCUUACCCACUUUAGAGUCCACAGAUUUAACACAAACUAGUGUGAUAAACACUCUUUUAAGCUACAAAAACGAUCCACUUUCAGCUUUGAGACACUUUAAUCUGGUUGAACAGAAGCGAGGUUUUUCCGAAAGCCUCUAUUCAUUCGGUGUUUUGCUUCACAUUCUGAUGAAAAGCUCAACGACUCAUGGGCAGGCGCGCAAUUUGCUCGAUCAAUACGUUUCGGGCUUUUCCGGACCAACAUCGAUUGCUCUUGUUGACUACUUGAUCGAGUGUGCAAAAAGGUUCGAUUUUGAUUUAGAUUCGAGAGUUUUCAAUUACUUGUUGGAUAGUUAUGUUAAAGCUGGUGAAAAAAAUGAUGCUUUUGAGUGUUGUUGUAGAAUGAUGGAGCGUAAUAUAAUUCCUCGGGUUGAACUGGUAAACAAAGUUUUGACCGAUUUGGUUAAAAGAAACUUUAUUGAUGAAGCGAAAGAAUUGUACAAUAAAAUGGUUUUGAGAGGUGUGAGUGGUGAUCGAGUAAAAGUUAGCACUUUUUUAAGAGGAGAGAAGAAUCAGCAAAACCCUUAUUUAGAUGAUACUUCAAAUCAUCGUCAAAACCCUAGUGAUUUUAACACUGAGAACCACAGCUCUAUAGAUUCUCAGCACAUACCAAACGGGGUUUAUGUGGGUGGUUCAAGGAGUUAUAGGGAAAGCACUACAACUGAUUACCAGAAUAAUGCAUUUCAACAAACUGUUAACUUUAGUGGGUAUAAUUUGAAUAAUAAUGGACAACCGCAAAUAAACCCUAAUGGGGCUCAAGCACAAAUGUCUUGGGGUGGACAUUAUAAUAUGCAGAAUCAGUAUGGUCCUGUUAGGGAGGGAGGUGGAGAAGCAAGCCAAAAGCUUCACGUUAAUGGGAGUGUUAUGCAGAAUGCUGGGCAAUAUCAGCAAAUCUCAAGUGAUCAUCAUACUGGAAAUUUUGGAAUUGAUCAUAAUAGCCCAAGUGACAAUCUGCAGAACCAAAAUGCUGGACAAUAUCAGCAGAAUCCUAAUGUAGGACAAUGUUUGUCCUACUCAAAUGAGAUUCAUGACAGAAUGGUGACUUCUCAAGUGGUAACUAACCCUAUAUCUGGGGAGGAAUCAGCAGAGGCCUCAGAAAGUAGCCAAAAUAAUGGUACCCUGGAGGAGUUGGAUAGUUUCAUCGAGGAAGGAAAAGUGAAAGAAGCUGUUGAAGUUUUAGGGUUAUUAGAAAAGCAAUGUAUUCCAGUUGAUUUGCCACGAUUGGUUCAGCUAAUGCAGGCGUGUGGGGAAGCCAAAGUUUUAGAAGAAGCAAAAGCUGAGCAUGAACACAUUGUAAGAACAAUGACCCCACUUAAAGUCAGCAGCUACAAUAGGAUCUUAAAAAUGUAUUCAGAAUGUGGCUCUAUGGAUGAUGCAUUUAAUGUAUUUAAUAAUAUGGGGCAACGCAAUUUGACAUCUUGGGACACUAUGAUAACGGGCCUUGCAAAAAAUGGUCUAGGGGAGGAUGCAGUUGAUCUCUUCUCUCAAUUCAAGCAAGCAGGACUGAAACCAGAUGGUCAGAUGUUUAUCAGGAUUUUCUCUGCCUGUAGUGUUUUGGGUGAUGCUGAUGAGGGAAUGCUGCAUUUUGAAUCAAUGAUCAAGGACUAUGGUAUUAUUCCAUCUAUGAAGCAUUAUGUGAGUAUAGUUGACAUGUUGGGAAGCAUAGGGUAUUUAUAUGAAGCCCUGGAGUUUGUUGAAAAAAUGCCAAUGGAGCCAAGUGUUGAUGUUUGGGAGACACUGAUGAAUCUUUGCAGAAUUCAUGGGAACUUGGAGCUUGGUGACCGAUGUGCUGAGCUUGUUGAACAACUAGAUCCUUCCCGUUUGAAUGAGAAGUCAAAGGCAGGCCUUGUACAAGCUUCGGAUCUUGUAGAAGAGAAAGUAAAGAAGAAAAUGGCAAGUCAAAAUCCUCUAGAAAUUAGGAGCAGGGUCCAUGAAUAUCGAGCAGGAGAUAAAUCUCAUCCGGAGACUGAUAGGAUAUAUACUCUUAUAAGAGGUUUGAAGUCUCAAAUGAAAGAAGUUGGUUACAUUCCGGAGACAAAAUUUGUGUUACAUGACAUUGAUCAAGAAAGUAAGGAGGAAGCUCUUCUUGCUCAUAGUGAGAGACUUGCUCUAUCACAUGGUCUCCUCAACAGCCCAGCCCGUGCUACCAUCCGGAUAAUAAAGAACCUUCGGGUUUGCGGUGAUUGCCAUACUGCACUGAAAGUCAUCUCGAAAAUUGUUGGUAGAGAAUUCGUUAUACGAGAUGCUAAGAGAUUCCACCAUUUUAAAGAUGGAUUGUGCUCCUGUCGGGACUAUUGGUGACGAUAAUUUAGUCCAAGCCAAAGAAGAAGGGAAAAACAUCACUGAAGGAGUAAUGCCUUAGAUAUUUUACCCCCAGGUAUCUUAUUGUUCACAGGUGAAUGAUAUCUUGUUGGUUAAUUGAUUGAUUUAGAAGGUUGUCAGACUCUGAGUCUAGUAUGGCACACUACAGUGCAUAAAAAAGAUGUCAACUUUAUUGUAGAUUCAGUAGGAGUGGAGGAUAUCAGAUACAGAGAAAAGGGGGUUGUUUCUAAUCCCAGGGCAAAAUAUGCUGCAGGCCUUAAAGAAAACACCAGAGCUCAGUGAUAUGGCUUGAACCAAGGGCAGUGUGCACAAACUGCAUAGAAUUGUUGUGUCAAAAGCUAAUGUGAGCAUUGUUCUACUUUAGUUACUUCACAACUGGGCUGUCUUGAGUGGAGCGGAAACUUGCUGGCAAUCUUUUUUGCUGUCAGUUGCCCUUUUGAUGGCUAAAAAGGAUGCACCUUUGGUUAAAUUGGUAAUUAUUUGAUGUACGGUAAAGUUAGAUUAGUUUCUUUCUCAGCUAGAAUUCAAAGCAAUCCUGAUUGGUAAAAAUCCCACAAAUCAGAAUUGUAAUUAGAAAUGCCAAAUCUAAUAAGGCUAUGAUGCUUCUCCUCUUUGUGUUCCCUUUAAAAUGAAACAAACUACAGUGUUAACUAUAUUCUAUAGUACUAAAUGGGGUUAAAUACUUAAAUCUCAAUAAUGAUAGACGAUUUUGAUCUAA